UGGUGUUGUGUCAUCCAAGAAUGAUGAGUGAGUAGGGUUUCCCUCGACUUGGACAUGAGAGCCUUUCCAGCUAUCUCCAGCUUCUAUUUGUAAUUGAUAGUCUGAUAUGAAUAAGAUAGAAUGGUAAAGGCCGUUCAAACACAUGACUCACACUCACAGCCACAAAUGACCACUUCACAACUUGGUUCUAGUGAGCUCUUAAAGCCUACACAAUCCUAUGCUGAUCACCGAAACUACCCAUCAAACUCUCCACAAAGUCCCAAGUACGCAAAGAACUCGAUCGUUUUUUCGAAACAAUGAACCCGCCACCGCCCGUACACAUCAAACCAUCCCCGCCGCGGCUAACCACCACGAUCACCCCAACACCUGAUGGAACCCACCGGAAGGUCGCGAUCGCCGUCGAUUUAAGCGAGGAGAGCGCCUUUGCCGUCCGAUGGGCCGUACAGAACUACCUUCGACCUGGGGACUCUGUCGUCCUCCUCUACGUGCGACCCACCAGCGUCCUCUACGGCGCCGACUGGGGCUCCGUCGACCCCAACGACGCCGUCUGCUCCUCCUCCGAGUCGCAGCAGAAAUUGGAGGACGACUUCGACGCCUUCAUCACCACCAAGGCAGCGGACCUGGCGCAGCCGUUAGUGGAGGCGCAAUUUCCGUUCAAAAUCCACAUAGUGAAGGACCACGACAUGAAGGAGCGGCUCUGCUUGGAAGUCGAGAGGCUCUGGCUCAGCGUUGUCAUCAUGGGCAGCCGCGGCUUCGGAGCCGCCAAGCGUGCCGCAAAGGUCGGCAGGCUCGGCAGCGUCACUGAUUACUGCGUGCAACACUGUGUCCGUCCAGUUGUGGUUGUGAGGUAUCCUGACGACUCGGUCGGGUCGGGCGCUGGCGGUGAACCCGAUGGCCCGGUGGAGCUCCACCCGGUGCCGGAAGAGGAUCCGGAGGAAUUCAACGACGGUUCCUCCUCCGAUAACAAUGAAGCUCAUGAAAUCGAAUAAAUUGAAGGUUGCAGGGUUUACAUAGCAAAUUUAAAUGGAUUUAUGGCUACUCUUGUAAUUUCGAAUUUGUUCUGCUAGUGUUUUUCACUUUGCGUUUUCUCAUUGUCAAACCGUAAAAAUUGUGGUGGUGAAUUUGACUGUUUGUCUCAGUUUGUAUAAUUGCAAUGCAUCUUUUGAUUUUAUAGAGUUGAGUUUG